AUGGCCGAGGCCGUCGUUUUCAACGUGACCUUCGCGGGCUACGUGAUCACCACCACCGUCACGUCCUCCGGCAGGGCCGUGGAGCGCUGGAUCGCGGAGGUCCUCUCGGUGCACCGCCCCGGCGGCGGCGGCGGCAGCAUCCACGUCGGGCUCGACGUCGAGUGGCGCCCCAACUACGGCGGCCCGCAGAACAAAGUCGCCACUCUGCAGCUCUGCGUCGACCGCCGCUGUCUCAUCUUCCAGCUCCUCCACGCCGACUACUUCCCCGCCGCGCUGGCCCGGUUCCUCGGCGACCGCGGCGUCAUCUUCUUCGGCGUCGGCGUAAGGGCGGACGCGGAGCGGCUCAGAGCCGACCACGGCCUGGCGGUGGCCAACGCGGUGGACCUGCGGGGCGGCGUGGCGAAUUGGCUGGACCGCCCGGACCUCUGCCAGGCUUCGCUGCGCACCAUCGCGGGCGCCGCCAUGGGCGUCGAGCUCGUCAAGCCGCACAGUGUGACCAUGAGCCGGUGGGACGCGCGCCACCUCAGCGACGAGCAGAUCAGCUAUGCCUGCAUUGACGCUUUCGUCUCUUGCGAGGUCGCCCGCAGGAUGCUCAGCUACGCGCAGAGGGACCUGUUUGUUUCGUGACCACCACGAACUCUCAUUGCUUAGUUCUAGCUUUUCUAGUUUGCAUCAGGAAAAAAAAAAUCUGUGACGGUGCAUUGAGACUCGGUUCUUGCUGCAUUUUAAUUUCCUAGGGUUCCGCGUUCUGUGAUUUUACUCAGACAGUUUGGUAUGUGAUUUAGCUUCUGCGAUGUGUUCGUCCUGGUUAAUUUGCUGUUUGUUUUACUAGAUCAGAAAGCAA